UGUCGGCUGUUCGGCGUCCCUCGGAGGUUUUUCUCUUCACCGCUCCGCUACCUCACGCAGCAUGUCGGGCCGCGGCAAGACGGGCGGCAAGGCCCGCGCCAAAGCCAAGUCGCGCUCGUCGCGCGCCGGCCUCCAGUUCCCGGUGGGCCGCGUGCACCGGCUGCUGCGGAAAGGCCACUACGCCGAGCGGGUCGGCGCCGGCGCGCCGGUGUACCUGGCGGCGGUGCUCGAGUACCUCACCGCGGAAAUCCUGGAGCUGGCGGGCAACGCGGCCCGCGACAACAAGAAGACGCGGAUCAUCCCCCGCCACCUGCAGCUGGCCAUCCGCAACGACGAGGAGCUCAACAAGCUGCUGGGCGGCGUGACGAUCGCCCAGGGGGGCGUCCUGCCCAACAUCCAGGCCGUGCUGCUGCCCAAGAAGACCAGCGCCACCGUGGGGCCGAAGGCGCCCGCGGGCGGCAAGAAGGCCACCCAAGCCUCUCAGGAGUACUGAGCGGCGCCCCCCCGGCCCCCAGCCCUCCCCGUGUCACCACAAAGGCCCUUUUAAGGGCCACCACAGCCCUCACCGAAAGAGCUGGCCACGCCGCGGCCCUCGCGUCUCCCCCGUCCCGCACCCGGCGCCCCUCCCCCCGCGGCCCUCUCCGUUAUCCCAGCCCGAGGGCCCGCCCGGCUGGCGCAGAGGCCGCGGAGGGGCGGGGUCGCCGCACCUUCCCGCCCGGCGCUCGUGACUCAGCCGGCCCGGCUCGGGGCUCGCCGCUGGGCUGCGGUGGGGCCGCGGCACCUCGUAGAAGAACCGGGUGUGCGGCCAGGGCCGUGGCCGGCGGCCUGAAGGCCGUGAGGUGCGGCCUUGGCUACGCGCACAUCCUUUCCUCUGAGGUGACUGCCUGCCGCGAGAAGUCGCCGGGAGGGGCAGGAGCCCCCGUCGUGGGCCCGCGACCGGGGGACGGACGGCAGGUCUCGGAGUGGGUGCUCGAAGCCGAAGGCCGCAGGACCCCGCCUGCCCUCGCCCCAGCUCCCUCCCAGCAGCUCAGCUCGGCAAGCCAUGCGCCCACAUACCAGCACUCGUCGGUGGAUCCCUGUCU